AUGUCUAGAAAAAAUAAUUCCAAAAAACUAGAACCUUUACAGAAUGAACUUGCAGAGAAAUACCUUAAAAUCAGAGAAGAGGUAUACACCAAGAAAGCCGAGGAUUCGAUAGUCGAUCUAAAAGAAAGCCGAAAAAGAAUUAAAAAGUCAAUUGAAGAAAAUGAAAGAAUCCUUUCACAACAAAUAAAGCCCACCCAUAAAAAAAAACCUAUAGGAGGAAAAGCAAUUCAAUCAAAUAAUUCUCGUUCAAUCACAAAAAUAAGUGUCAUAGAAUUUGAAGCUGGUUAUCCUAAGAAAGAAUAUAAAAAAUAUAUUGAACCAUUCCCAAUCCCUUACGCCGAAGAUGAUCCAGUAUUGAGACAUUUUUAUUAUUUCGGAGAAGAUAAUCACACAACAGAUUAUUUUGACAAUUAUGAUCGAGUUGAUAUUGAUAAUUCUAAUUAUUAUGCAGUUGAAGAGGCAAAGAUUGCUAUGUUGACUAUGGAUUACUACUUCAACAAAAAUAACAUUACACUCAACACGAUUGAAAAUUAUACAAAACGUAACACCAAUCCUAAUUCCAGUGCUAGUGCCAGUCCUAGUGACAACAAAGAAAAUAAACUCAUAGAAAAAUUUUUUAAAGAUUUCUCUAAGCUUCAUGAAAAAGAAGAUGCUCAAUCACUAUUAAACAACAAUGAAGUGUUUGAUACAUAUACAAAAUUAUUUUGUCGUCGUUGUUAUAAAUAUAAUUGCAAAAAUCAUGGUGGAAAUUUUUCAGCUGGAAAGAAAAAAAGCAUUCCUGUGCCUGUAAGUAAAGAUCCUUGUGGACCAAAUUGUUAUCAUAAUAUAUUGUCAACAUCUAAUGAAGGAAAAGGAAAAGAAUUGGCAUUUGAUUCAUCCGAGUGGAGUGCUCAAGAUAUUAUUUUGUACAAUAAAGCUCGUGAAUUGUUUGGCAGUGAUAACCAUUGCUUUAUAGCAAAAACAAUCAAAUCUAAAAGCUGCCAACAGAUAUAUUUGAGAUCAUGUCAUGUUGAUCCUUUUAUUAAAAAUAAAGAUUCAGUGGAAAAAACAAAAGAAGAUACAAAGAAAAAAGCUAAAAAAGCAGCAGCAGUAAAAAUAGAUAAUAAUGCUCAAAAACAGAAUGAAUAUACUACCUGUAAUCAUCCUGGUGAACCUUGUGAUAAAUCAUGUCCCUGUUUUAAAGCAAAUGUUUCAUGUGAAAAAUACUGUUUCUGUGAUCCAGAUUGUAUCAGAAGAUUUCCUGGAUGUGAUUGUCAUAGUACUGGUGGUGAAAUUUGUUUGGAUACUAAUUGUCAUUGUUUUAAUAGUGGAAGAGAGUGUGAUCCAGAUCGUUGUAGAUGUCCUGCAUCAAAAUGUAGUCAUGAACCACCUGAAAAUUGUAAAAACAUGCCUAUUUUGAAAGGAUGCUUUAAGCAUACUUUGGUAGGUAUAUCAAAUGUUUCAGGUUGGGGACUUUAUGUUAUGGAGUAUGUCAACAAAAAUGAUUAUUUAGGGGAAUAUGUUGGGGAGUUGAUUUCACAGAAAGAAGCUGAGAGACGUGGAAGAAUCUAUGAUAAAAGAGGAGUUAGUUUUCUAUUUAAUUUAAAUAAAGAAUCAGUAAUAGAUGCUACCCGUAAGGGCAAUAAAUUUAGAUUUAUAAAUCAUUCAUCUUCUCCUAAUACGGCAUGUCGUAUUGCCAAGGUUAAUGGUGAACACAGGAUAGGAAUUUACGCAAUACAAGAUCUUGAACCUGGACAAGAGUUGUUUUUUGAUUAUAGUUAUGGUGGUGAACCAAUAAAAUUUAAAUCCAUUGAACGUGACGAUGACAAAUCAAAUAAUCAAUAA